GUGUUCAGUCAGAGCUCAGCCGGUCUGAGAGCAGGAGCUGAGCUCUCCAGACAGACAUGCCCAACAUGCGCAGCCUCUGGCUGGUCCUGCUGGCUGUAGCCGCGGUUCUGGUCUGGUAUCUGUCAGAUUUCGGGCUGUUCUUGGUUCAGGCGGGGAUCGGCCUGCUGUGUUUUCUGCUGAGCUUCACCACAGCCCGGUACAGCGCUGAGAGGAGCACCCAGACCAGCAGCAGCUCUGAGGAACCUGCGGUUGAGUCGAGUGAAACUGAUCACGUGGAUGGAAGAGACGUGCCUGAUACAGCUGUUCAAACUGUACAAAAACCCACGAAAAGAUCUGAGUACACUAAUGUCCAGAGGUCACUUAACCAACUGUUCAAGUGUGCCUAUGCUCACCUGGUCCUGCCCUGGUACACUGUCCCUGAACCGGUAGACAGCCAGCCCUUACACGCAGCUCUGCACACGGAAUUUAACCUCAUUGUGGACCAGAUCAUUAUCAAGGCCAAAAAAUUUGACCUCUCAGCCACGAGUGUGGGCUGCAUUCACAUCUUCACCCAGCACCUGCGCUGUGCUAAGCAGCCCACCAGGUCCCCGCUGUUCAGCUCUAAAUCACAGGAAAUGAAUGCCUACAGGGAAUUCUCUAAAACCCUGAUCCUCAGCCUUUUCCCGCAGCACCUGUGGGAGCCCGUUGUUUACCGCUGUGCUCUACAGGAGAUUCUGGCUCUGAAAGUGCUGGCUCUUGUGACGUUGCUGUCAGACCCAGACAACUUGAACCGCCUGGUGGUUUGUCAGCUGGAUCGAGUGACCUCCGAGAGCCCAGCAGAGGAAGUGCAAGACACAGAUAAAGAAAACACUAAUUCCUCUUCAGGGAGCCAGAAUGCAGAAGUUUCCCAGCAGGAGGUGGAGGAGAUUCCGUCUGAAGAAAACAAAACCAAAAAGUCAGGCAAUAAAGUGAAGAAAAAGUUCUCCAAGCUGUUUGAUUCUCUUAAUCCAAAGAAAGGAAAGAAGAAGAAACAGAUAGAGUUACGGCAGCAGGCUUUGUUAUCCCGCCGACCCGCUGUAAUAGAGCUGGAGACUGAUGGUCCCAGCAGCUGUGACAAUUCCAGCUAUGACAGUGAGGACAGUGACGUGGAGAGUUGUACCGGUAGCCUCCGGGAGGAUAUGAUGGAGUUCAAGCUGUCCUUAGAGAUGUGGCGAGCUGGAAAGUGGACUGUUACUGUAACUAAUGUUGAAAUAGAAGACGAGAAGUUGUGUUUUACAGUCCACUUAGAAGAGAACAACAACAAAGAGAAUCUUCACUGGGAUGUGAAAAAGACAAAGUCUGAAAUAGUGGAAUUUUAUAAUUGCCGCAAGGACUUACCUCAUCUGCCCUCUAUAGUAACUAUAGAGGAGAACACAGAGACAGAGCUUAAUGAGCAACUCCAAGAGGAACUACGGGACACGUUUGAGAACUUUUUACAGGCGCUGGUGGCAGAUACAGAGUUAGGCCCCACUCAGCCGGUGUUGGUGUUCGAGUUCCUGUGCCCACUGCGCAGAUUACUGAAGACAGAAGAACAUGAGGGAGGGGUUUGGGUUCUGUUGGGUGGGCUUGCGUCCUUCCUCACUCCUGGCCAUGAAGAUGAUGAGGUCUGCCCUCUGGAAGGGGAGGAGAAGCCGGACGAUCUUGUGGAUACAUGCAGCCUAUCAGAAGCCACGCCUCCGCAUGAUGAAUCAUCUCCUCUUAAAGCAGCGUGUGCAGAUUCAUGUAAUACAGUACAUAAAGAAUCAGAGGAAGAGCUGCUAGUGACAGAUUCAGAAUCUUCACCUUCAUACGACCAGACCGAUGAUUCCACCAGUGAAAAAGAUCAGACAGACUAUGCUGAUUAUCUCUUUCAAGCUUCUCAUCGGAGGAUUUCGUCUAGAAGUGAAAGUGUUGAUGAGAAUUUGGCGCAUUUUGCAGCCAGAACAACAGUCCUCCCCAAAAAGCAGCCGGCUGUCUUCUGCUCAUUCGACAGUGAUGAUGCUGGUCAUUAUGAAACCGACAGCGUCUCAGAUUUAUACAUCAGUGAAAAUGUGAGUAAGAGGGAUUCCCUCUCUCGCAGGAAGUCACCAGGAUCACACAAGAUCAAAGGGAAGGAGAAAGGGCAUCACACCAAAGACGAGCCGAGAAAUGAGUCGAAAUGUGAGCUGAAAAAUGGGCCGCAAUUACAGAAAAAAGCAUCUAACAUGCCAAACAUGGGACAACCUGAUGUCGACAAAGUGAUAUUCGAUCUACUUAAGGAAAUUUCUGGCAAUUCCCGCAUCCUUAAAUUCGUGAAGACUUUCCUAACACCAUUUAUGUCUUUGAUAAAGAAGAAACUGAACACUUUCUUAAAGAAGCUGAAUCCUUCAGAGGUUCAGACAGCUGAAUACAUCAACAAACUUCGGGAGCUUAUUUGGCCAGAGGGGGCGUCGCAGGAACUUCCUCGAUGUGCUGAGGAGAUGAAUGAGACCAGGGAGAAAGCUAUGCACCUCCUUUCUUCCAAACUUUCAGGCUAUCCGAUCUUCAGCAAAACCGACGUGGAGGCCAUGUUUAAGAUCCUGCAGGACGCAGAGGAAAAUAAGAAGUUGGUUUAUAUGCUGCUCUUGUAUAUUCUGGAACAGUUCCUGAAUGGAGAAGCUGCUUUUAAGGGAAUUCCUAAAGACACUUUUUAAUACUAAUGAAAUAUCUCAGCUAGUGUUUAUACUGUAAACCACUAUUUGAACAGGAUUAGUUUUAUCUGUGGACAGACCAAGUUCUGCUGCUUUUUCCUAGGGUGGGGGGGGGGGCAUCGAAAUAUAAUAGGUGGGCAUGUUUCAUGAAAAGCUUUGGUACAACUUUAAAUCAAAGAUGACAGAAGUGCGUAGAUGCAGACUGAGAAUAUACGAUUAAAACGUGAAAAUUAGAACCAAGAAACCAAACUGGAACCAUUAACUUUUAAAUCUCUCAUUAAAAAGUCACCAAAAUUGCUUUCUUCCAUUUACGAAAUGUAGCACAAGUUAUACCCUUUCUUAAGCUGCUGAGAAACUGAUCCAUGCUUUUGUUUUUUCAUGACUAGAUUACUGUAAUGCAUUGUUCACUGCACUGCCUAAAACUACAAUUAACAGACUACAGCUUGUUCAGAAAACUGCAGCCAGAAUCCAAACACACACAAAGAAGAGAUAUAAGACAUAUAAUAGCUGUUUUAGCUUCACUUCACUGGCUGCCUGUGAUGUUCAUGAUUGAUUAUAAAAUUCUUUAAAGCUCCACUAGGUAGGGUUGAGAUUUUGUGCUCUUGGGCUCCCCCUACAGUUGUAGAGUGUAAUAAAUGUUUCAGGCGGAUUAGUUUCUCUUUUCUCAUUUUCUGGCUUUUGCAGACAUAUUCUGUCUCUUUCCAGCUUCUGCCAGAGUGUCUGCAUGUUAGUUUGUAAAGAAUGAACCAGUAGUUCUUGUAGAACUGUUAGAACUAAAGGUUGGAAAGCAGGUCGCAGUUCUCGCGAGCGUUGGUCGCGGCCGCCUCGGAAAACUUACAGAGUCUGGUUUGAGCUCAGAGGAGCUCCGGCACAGACACGAGAGAACCGCUAUUCCUCCUAUUACACCUCAAUGCAGCGCUGCAGUGAGUUUCACACUGGAAUUUCACUUCUUUAUAAAGAUCAAAAUUCAAGGAAAUCCUACCUAGUGCUGCUUUAACUGGUUUAUAAAUCUCUUAAUGGGUUAGGUUAGCACCUAAAUAAAUCUUAAAAUCUGACAGAAUAUGUUCCAAAUUGUGUAUUAAGAUCACCAGGAGCUGCUUUACUGAACGUUCUCAGGAUGAAGCACAAAAAACUGAUGAAGCAGCUUCCUGUUUUUACAAUCCAAAAAUCUGGAACUCUUUACCAGUUAAUAUUCCUCAGGCAUUAAGUGUUACUAGCUUUAAAAAGCAGCUAAAAACCUUACUUUCUACCUUAACUUUCUAUUAGCUUCUCUUUUCAACAAGCUGUCUCUCUAUUCUGCCUCUAAGCAAGUGUAUGUGAGUGUGGGUUAAAGCUGGAAGCCACAUUUCCUCUUUGUUCAGCUCAGGUAGAGAAAAUAUAAUUGUCUCGUUAUCCUUAAUCACAGAGAUCUAUUCAGAAUAACCAACUAAUGCUAACCAUACGCUAGACCACUUCAAAAAUAACUCUGAAAAGACUUUUAACAAACUAAAGUCUGACAGGAGGAAAAGCUGUUUAACAAUGGAGCAGAAACAGGUGCUGCUUUGUCUGUGCAUUGAUUU